AUGGACCACCUUCCUCCGGCACCAACGCCGCCUGUCAACAACGGAAACAUCAGCAACAUGGCAUCAAGUAAUCAGGAUCGUACGGCCAACUUGCUCAAUCUGCUCAAGUUCAACAGCGGUGGCGGCGGUGCUCCCCAGCCGCAGCGUCAGCACCCUCUGGCCAUUCAGCAGACGGCAUCGCAGCAGCAGCCGCAGCAGCAGCAGCAGCAGCAGCAGGUCCCGUCCCAGCCCCCUUCUGGUCAACAGUCGCCCAGGGACCAGCACCCUGCUCAGCAGCACAUGUCCCCGACUCAGCUGUACGAGCAGCCUACCCAGAGCCACCAUCACGAGCUCAGCUCUCCCCAGAGUCAGCAAUUUGCCGCUCCCAUCCACGCGCCGGCCCCGGCAGCUGCUGAUCCCACCGGCCUGCUCGCCGCCCUCAUGCGUGGUGCCCACGACUCCAGCUCGCCCGCUCCCCAGCCGCAUCAGCAUCAGACCCAGGCCUCUGAGCACCACGAGGUGCAGCCUGCCGUAUCUCAGCCCGCACCCGAGCCCCAUCAGAAUGCCUUCCGCAGUGACUCGCCGCCUCCGGACGAGACCAAGUCGUUCCUUCUCAACCUGCUCAACCGCCCCAAGCCUGGCCAGAACGAGCAGUCGCUCAUGACCGAAUCCUCCACGCGCUCCAGCAAUGAUACCCCCCAGUCCCCCGACGGUACUAGCCAGCUCCUCUCGCACCCUUCGCGCCCCAGCGAUGCUUAUGCCGCUGCCAGGGAGUACCAGGCCAAGAUGCACCGUAGCUCUGGUGGUCAGUCUGGCUAUGACCCGACCGGUUACGAGCAGUCCGGUUACGGUCAGUCUGGAUACGAUCAGCAGCAGCCUCAGCCGCCCUAUGCGUACCCUGCCAGCGGCCAGCAGCACCAGCAUCAGCAGCAGCAGCCGCAGCAGCACCAGCAUCAGCAGCAGCCGCAGCAGCCGCAGCAGCAGGCGGAUAUCAACGCUCUGUACCAGCAGCUCAUUGGCAACCUGACCACCCAGCAAUCGCCGUCGCACUCUGUGGCUGCCACCAAGGAUCACCAGGCCUCCCCUGCCGGCUCUACCCACAGCGCUGUCGUGAGCCCGCAUGACCUCCAGAGGCAGAGGCUCGAUCGCACCUCCUCGCUUCACUCUCAUCAAUCCCAGACCGUCUCCCACCCGGCUGCCGCAAAGCAGACCCCCCCAUCCGACGAUUUCGAUCGCUACGCUGCCCCCGAGGCGCCUAAGGAGUCCGUCUCGGACGCCAUCUCCGACAUUGCCAGCAAGGUUGACAGAGAUGCUCGCCAGGCUCUCGAGAGGGCCGAGAGUGAGAUGACCCAGGCCGAGCUUGCCGAGGAGCUCGACCAGAGGCUCAAUGCCGACUCGGACACGGAGUUUACCCACGCCAGGGCUCUCCGCAACGAUGUCGACAGCCACGACGACAACGUCAAUAUCUUCGAUGAUCCGAUCCCCGAUGAGGCUGUCGAGACCGCUCACGAGAUCGUCGAGGCCGCCCACGAUGCCGUCGACGAUGCCGCUGCUCAGGAGGGCGUGGCCGACAGCUGGGAGAGCGCUGACCAGGAUGACAUUGUCGUCAUCGAGGAGCCCCCCGUCAAGGUCUUCAACUUUCCUAUGAAGCCCUGGAUCUCCAUGACCCUCAAGGAGGGUACCACCGACCCGAGGCCCGAGUUCCGCGACGAGGCCAUCAUGGACAUUGCCCGUCUCAAGAAGGAGUUUGACCAGAUGGACCGCAACCUCUACACGGCCUCGCCCAACUACAUGACCUACGGCAUGUCCAAGCAGGGUGGUCUGCGUGUCAUCCGCCAGGACGACGGCAAGGACGCCAAGGUCUUCACCGACACCAAGGACCGCAUCUUCAACGUGGCCAUGUCGGUCACGCCCAACGACUACACCGGCGUCUACAGAGAGGCCAUAAUCGGUACCGGUAUCAGCGGUACCGUGUACUGGGUGCAGAUCCGUGACGGUGACAAGGACCACAUCGAGGACGCUCACCUGGAGCAGUGCGGAUUCGCCCUGCCUCCCAUGGGCUCGUCCGAGGGCGAUACGCCUGGCGGCGUCCUCAAGACACGCGCCCGCGCUUCUACGAGCCACCCCGAGUUCUUCGCCGUCGGCCGCGGUAAGACCAUCAACGUGGUCUGGCCGUCGUACGUGAUGCAGAGCGAUCUGUUCCGGCCUGGCCACGACCGCGUCGUCGACGUCGACAGACUCUCGCGCCAGUGCUCUCUGAAGAUCAACACGGGCAAGGCCGGCAAGGACUUUGCCUUUAGCCAGGACGACACCGUCAUCGUCUCGCUCGACAAGUCGGGCCGUGUCAAGUUCUGGGAUGCGAGGGACCUGACGGCCGCCAAGGAGGACGGCGACCCGCGCCACCCGAUGCCGGCGCACUCCUCGCUGGAGGUCAAGGAGCCGCUCAUGACCCUGAGCAGCACGCCCGAGGGCGACAGGGCCUGGCCCACGUCCGUUCUGCUCCUCGACAAGCAGCGCCCCUAUCAGAAGCGCAGCGCCCUGCGCUACAUGAUUGUCGGCAUGAAGCAGAACCACACGCUGCAGCUCUGGGACCUCGCCCUGGGCAAGCCCGUCCAGGAGUUCAACCUGCCGCAUAGCAAGGAGUCGGACGCUGUCUGCAGUGUCAUGUACCACGCAUCGUCGGGCAUGAUCGUAAUCGGCCACCCGACUCGCAACUCCAUCUACUUUGCGCACCUCUCGGCCCCCAAGUAUAACCUGAAGAGUGUCAGCCAGGCCGAGUACAUGCAGCGCCUCGUCGCUCAGGACACGUCGAUCCCGCAGCCGGAUAGUACCGCUGUGAUCAGCGGGGUCCGCGAGUACUCCUUCGAGAACCGCGGCAUCCUGCGCAGCCUGGACAUGCUGUCCAACCCGGCCAUGAUCCAGGACACGGACGAGCCCACCCUGUUUGAGCUCUACGCCAUGCACUCCAAGGGCGUCGCCUGCGUCCUGGUCAAGCAGCGUGAGCUCGGCUGGUCCAAGGACAACAAGGUGCUGUCUGCCGUCGACGCCGUCACCGAGGGCGUCAUCACCGUCUCCAAGCUCAAGUCGCCCGAGGCCACGCCGAUCCCCGCCGGUCCCGUUUCCGCCAUCGAGAGCUCCCAGCCGCCGACGUCCCGUGUCGGUGCGGCGCGCCCGGCGGCCGUCGCCAAGGACUCCUCGCCUCCGUCUGCGCAGCUGUCCGAGUCCGCACCCAUGUCCAGGGCUAAGAGCGAGGCUAGGGACACGGAGCCUCAGUCCUCCAAGGAGAAUGCGCCGGAGAAGCCGGAGCGCAGGUCUCGUAAGAAGAAGGCCGCCGCCGCCGCCACCGCCGGCGGUAACCAGGCGGACGCGGCCACCAACGGCAACGGCAACGGCAAGUCGGACAAGACGGUCUCGGCCGACGCCCUGGACGCCGUCGUGUCGGGCAUGGAGACGCGGCUGGGCACCAGCCUGGCCGACACCUUCAAGGCGUCCCUCAAGAACCUCCACGGGAAGAUCGACGACGGCGCCAAGGCCCGCGAGGACAGCUUCAACCAGCACCAGCUCAAGCUGCUCGACAUGGUCUCGAGCGUCCUCAACGACAACACGCAGAAGGUCCUCGAGGCCCUGGUCCACCAGCAGUUCACGGACCUGGUCAUCCCGGCCAUUGGCGACAAGGCGGCCUCGGCCGUCAACGACGUCGUCAGGAACAAGCUCCAGCCUCACGUGUCGUCGACCGUCCACAAGGAGAUCCAGGCGUCGCUCCCCCACGCGCUCGGACGCUCGCUCCGAUCCGACGACUUCGUCGGCAACCUUUCGGACCGCGUGGUGGCGGCGGUCAACCGGGACCUCCUGGCCUCGCUCACGCCGGCCCUCGCGUCGAUGGCAUCGCAGUCGGCCCGGCAGGCGUCUCAGGAGCUGCGCCAGCAGUACAACGACCAGUUUGAGCGCCUGAGCGCCCAGCGUGCGGCCGACUCGGCCAAGAUUGACCAGCUCAACUCGUGCGUGCAGCAGCUGACGGGCAUGAUGUCGACCAUGGCGGCGUCGCAGUCAUCGAUGCACGCCGAGCUCGUCAAGCUCAGGAAGUCUCCCGUCCACGAGCUCCCCGGCGUCCCCGGUCAGUCCCAGGCGCAGCCUCCCUACCAGCAGCAGUACGCGCCGAUGGCGGCCCCUCAGCAGGGACCCAUGACGGCGGCCGGCAAGCCUCAGCCCGGCAGCCACCAGGGAAGCUACGGGGCCAGCCAGUCCCAGGGCUACCUGGGUAGCCCGUCUCAGUACGAGCGCGGCUCUCAGGGCUCGGCCGCCGUCCCGCAGCCGCAGCCGCAGCCGCAGCCGCAGCAGCAGCAGCAGCAGCAGCAGCAGCAGCAGUUCCACCCGACCCAGCAGCACCGCCAGCCUAUCCCGGGUGCCUACGGAAACCAGGCACCGGUGGGCGAACCCGAGAUGGACGAGGACCUCCUCCAGAGGAUCCGCGCCAUCGAGCAGGCCAUACAGGAUGGCCACCUCCAGGAUGCCAUGAUUCAGUGGAUCCAGAGCGGACGUGAGGAGGACAUCUUCCGCCGCAGUCUCUCGCGGUACCCGCCGGCCAAGUUUGAGGCCCUCCCGCCUCUGAUGCUACUGGUGGUGAUUGCUACCAUCUCCAAGAACAUCAGGCCGAACCCGCGGCUCAAGGAGGAGGUGGACUGGAUCGAGAUGGCCAUCAGGGCUUUCUGCUCCGACAUUGCCAGCCACGUAGGUUCUUCCCCUCCCCCCAUCCUGUCGACCUACGUCUCGGCGCGGCAGACGUCUUCUUCUUCUUCGGUACUGACUUGCGAGAAGGAAUGGGAUAAGCAGAACCGCGAGGUGGCCCGCAGCACAUCGCAGACCAUGAGUAUGCUGAUCGGACGCGUGAGGCUCCUCAUUGACGGCAUGCAGGACGGAUUCCCUACGGACCCGUUCCUAGCCAAGGUCGACAGGGCCAAGCUCGAAUGGAUCGUGCAGAUGGCCGACAACAUCCUCACAUCGUUUGGUGUCAUGGCUCACUAA